UUAACAACACACACAAUUCUUGAUCUCACGAAUCAAUCUUCUCCUAAACCUUUCUAUACUCUAAUACCUUUUCAUACUCCUGUGAAGAAUGGCUCCAAAGGCAGAGAAGAAGCCGGCAGAGAAGAAACCAGUGGAAGAGAAAUCAAAAGCCGAGAAAGCUCCAGCGGAGAAGAAACCAAAAGCCGGCAAGAAGCUCCCUAAAGAAGCCGGAGCAGGCGGCGACAAGAAGAAGAAGAUGAAGAAGAAGAGCGUCGAGACGUACAAGAUCUACAUCUUCAAGGUUCUGAAACAAGUCCAUCCCGAUAUCGGAAUCUCAAGCAAAGCUAUGGGGAUUAUGAACAGCUUCAUCAACGAUAUCUUUGAGAAGCUUGCCUCUGAAUCAUCCAAGCUCGCUAGGUAUAAUAAGAAGCCUACGAUUACUUCUCGGGAGAUUCAGACUGCUGUGAGACUUGUUCUUCCCGGUGAGCUCGCUAAACACGCUGUUUCUGAAGGAACCAAGGCGGUGACUAAAUUCACCAGUUCUUGAAUUUGUGGGAUCUUUUGUUGGAAUCGAUGAUUUGGGAUUUACGGUGUUUGUUAAAAUUAGGGUUUUUUUUUAGAAUUUGACUAUUAGAAGUUCUGUAAUUUUGAUUUCUGUUUUGUUAUCUUUUGGGUGUAAUCGAAUCAUAUCCGAUGUUUCUCUUAAAUCAAUUAAAGUUUAAUGUUCUAAUAAAAAUCAUAUCUUUGUCACU